ACAAAAUAGCUGACGGUAGCCAUCGACUAACAUAGUAUUGAAAAAAUAAUACUAUUAAAGUCGAUGGUUAUUGUCAAUUGUUUGGUGACCAAUGUACCAAAAUAUCUUCUUUUGUGAUCAGUAGAAGAAAGAAACUUUGAAAAAAGUUUGAAAGAAUUUGAGGGUGAGCAAAUGAUGACAAACAGGUGAAUUAUCCCUUUAAUAUUUAAUGUUUGGUAAUAAUGUUCUUUUCUUAAACGUUUUUCAUACAAUAAUUUCUAAAGUAAGGGAGCUGGCAACGUUUAAGUAACUAUAAAAGUAGUAUUAAUAAUUAUUGAUUUCAAAAUAGACUGUAGCGAGUCUCGACCUAAGCGUUCAUCUGGUAACCAUAACAACCAAACGGAUGCUCGCGAUUAGUAUGGGAUGGGGCUAUGCCAUUGGGUGUGUCCUGUGAUGGAGUGAGCCAGCUGUUUUUGAGUGUCCACACAGGUGUUCAUCAGAAGCUUGCUGUUCAGUUUUACAGUGUCAUGACAUGACUGACAAUGAGGUACUGGGAUAAGUGAAACUGCAACCGGCGAAGCACACUUCAAUAAACACAGACAGUAGUGAGACGGCCACCAGUACAUCUUGGGAAAACAUUAGUUAGUAAAUCAAGUGAGAUCGAUGGAUACACCACACAGGAAAAAUGAAAAACAGCUGCCUCUGCUAACGUGAGAAACCCGCUGGCUCGGCAGGUUAAAUAAAAUGACAAGCUCAAGUCUCUCUGCUCUCUUCGUAACCAUCUGGUUCACAGGUCUUGUCUCUGGAGAUGCAUCUUGGAACAUAUCUGUGUGGCAAACACCUGAGAUGACAACAAAGGAAGGCAAAAGUGUCAGCAUCAGCUGUCAUAUUAAAGCUGAUUCACACGUGAAAAGAAUCAUGGUUAAGUGGAUGCAAGAUAAUCAAACUGUAGUCAAGAGUGAAACGAUUAAUUCUGUCGAUCUACCUUCUGUAAAUGGAUCUGUGUUUAUCAACGCAAUGCUGCACCUGCAGUCAGUACGUCUAAAUUAUAGUGGCAUGUAUUACUGUACAGCACUUAUGGAUUUACCUCAACUUGGAACUGUUGAAUAUGGAAAGGGAACACAUGUAUAUGUGGUGCCUAAUACACCUGUUACACCAAAGCCCUACAUUAUGGACACAGUGACGUGGUCAGUGCUUUUAGGCUUGGGUUUUGUUUUGCCGAUCAUCUGCAUUGCCUGUGUUAUUCACAAACAUUCUAAAGGGCACAAGCGAAUAGGAACUAGAGCAAAAGAAGCCCUGGUUAAUGCUACCCGUGGAUCACAGUGCCCAGACACUUGUGAAACAACUGUUGUUUAUGCAGCAAUAAACAUUCCUCGAGACAGUGUGAAAUCAAGAAAUGAGAACUGUCCAGCUCCGACACUCACUUCAGUGACCUGCACCGAGGAAUCAGUGACAUACUCUGAGGUCCACAUAAAGAAAGGACUAAAGGAUAAAGGUUAAGCAUCAUUUGCCUAAAUUUUAUUCACACUAUAAUCUCUUUUGCCUUGCAUAUGAGGCAGGGUGCAUGUCAUUGACAGUCUUAGUCGCACUUCAAGCUUCUGGUUCUUUUCGGCCCAAGUUUGUGAGGGUAUUUCUGUAAAUAUUUUUAGAUAGUUUCCAAUUUUCUGUUUCUCUUCAUGUAAUACUCAUGAAGACUGGAUUGUUAAAUGUAGUCGGCUCACAUUUGAAUCGAUAUUAAGCUGUAUUGUGCUCACAAUGCAUGUAUAUUUAAAAUAAACAUUAUAAAAACAUUCAUUCCUCU